CGAGAGUUCAACAUAAUAUUUGACUGUCAUCAGUAAACUCCAGCAAGUCUGUCACAAUGAAAUAUUCAGCUCUGGUUCUGUUGCUCUGUGCUCUGCUGCCACUGUCAAAUGCUUAUUGCUAUGUAAAGCCAGUAAAAUAUGAUCCAGACCAGCCUCUACGGACUCACUGUCAGGAUGACGUAGAUAAGACCUGGCAUCCAAUAGGGUCUAAAUGGAGAAACAGUGAAUGUAUGGACUGUACUUGUGACUCAUGUUGCUCCGGCUUCUCCAUUCCAAGAAGCUUCCCUGAUGACUGUGUCUCAGUGUUUAAACCUGAGGAAUGCGUAUACGUUGUGCAUAAGAGAGAUGACCCGUCUGUGGAGUGUCCAAUUUAUGGUGCAGUUGGAAAAUGAUUAAAAUUGUUGUAGAUGUUGUUCAACACAAUAAAAAUGGUAUACCAUAAAUCAGGAGAAAAAA